AUGAUAACUGAGACCUUCAAACGACAUGCCGCAAAAACUCUUCCCGAUUUCAUUUUUCCAGUCUCUGCAAUUCUAUCUCCUUCUCCAAGCGUCGACCCCCACAACCUCUGCAACCAAAUUCAAAUGCCUCAGACCAAAACGUCACCGAAACUCCACCAAGAAACCACUGUAAUCAAAUCAGCAAUCAUAUCUAGACUCAUAGUCUUGACUCUGAUCCUCCUAUGGCGGACCCUCUUGAGCCCCUACGACACCUCCGCCCCGAUCAACCCCAAUUGCCUAUCCAACAACUCCUCACAACCCAACGUUGAUCUUCAACAACAACACGUUCUCUUGCCUUCUCUGGGUUCAGCUAUUGAAUCCAGCAUUGUCUGGGAUAGUGUUUACUUUGUUCGAAUUGCACAAUGUGGCUACGAGUACGAGCAGACCUAUGCUUUCUUCCCCCUCCUUCCUCUUUGCAUUUCACUGCUAUCUCGCACAGUUUUGGCGCCGUUGGUUCCAGUUAUUGGGCAAAGAGCUGUAUUGGGAUUAUCCGGCUUUGUGAUCAAUAACAUUGCCUUUGUAUUUGUGGCGGUUUAUUUAUACAGGCUUUCAGUUGUUAUUUUGAAGGAUCAUGAAGCAGCAUUGAGAGCUUCAAUUUUGUUUUGCUUCAACCCAGCUUCCAUAUUUUAUUCAUCAAUAUAUUCCGAGACUUUGUAUGCCCUAUUUUCAGUUGGAGGAUUGUACCAUCUAAUAUCUGGAAAAGAUGUUAUUGCUGUUCUUUGGUUUGCCCUCUCUGGAUUUUCAAGGUCCAAUGGAAUCCUCAAUGCUGGUUAUUUCUGUUUUCAGACUAUGCAUCAGGCUUAUGAUGCUGUUUUCUUGAGAAAGCGUGCUUUUUUGGCAUUGCAGGUUGUUGUUGGUGGAGCACUGCGUUGUAUAUGUAUUUUUGUUCCUUUUGUUGCAUUUCAAGCCUAUGGAUACAACAAUAUCUGUCUUGGACAUCUUCCAAAUAAUAUGAGUCCCUGGUGCAAAGCAAGAGUACCUUUGCUGUACAAUUAUAUUCAAAGUCAUUACUGGGGCGUCGGUUUCUUGAGAUACUUCCAAGUUAAACAGUUACCAAACUUUCUGCUGGCAUCGCCAAUAUUGUCUCUGACACUUUGGUCAAUUGUCCAUUACGCAAAGUUAAAGCCUGAAAUUUUCUUCUCUUUGGGUUUCUGUGCUCCUCCUGAGUGUAAAGAUUCUGCUGCUGUGUUCUUUUCUUUAGCAGGAAACUCUUCCAACAGUCAGGAAAAUAGCAAUCUCAAAGCAAGGAAGCAAGUGAUCAAAGAUGGUACAUCUCUACUCCCAGAAGAAUAUAAACUAUCAGCAAAGCAAGGAUAUUUGUCCGCUGCUGUACUUCCAUGUAUUCUACAUUUGGGAUUUAUGGCAGCCACAGCAUUUUUUGUCAUGCAUGUGGAGGUUGCGACUCGUUUCUUAUCUUUCAGCCCUCCUCUGUAUUGGUUUGCCUCGUAUAUAAUGAAAUCUCCUGGUACUGGUAAGAGAUGGGGAUAUAUAGUUUGGGCAUACUCUGCGGCCUACAUUCUUCUAGGAAGUUUGCUCUUUUCAAACUUCUAUCCUUUCACUUGAUAGUGUUCAGCAAUGUGCUGGCGCAGAUUGAAUUUGCAUACGAAAGGAGCUAUAUUAAAUUGUUGUUUUAUUGUUUGGGAAGUUCCCUGCUUACUAUGUUUGGUUUCUUGCCCCUGUAUCAUGUAUGUAUGUAUUGUGUGACUGGAUUAAUAGGUGGCAUUUUUGUUCAUUUUUAUAUGUUAUAUAUAGGUGGCUUUCUUGA